UUGGUUUAUGAAAUCUUUCAUCAUUUUCGUACAGGUAAGAGUUGGUUCCCUAGGUUACUGGCCAGCGUUCUAUCAAACGAGCAUGGUGUGUUGUGGACGUGGAUAUUUCAAAGAAUCUUCGUUACGUUAAAGUUUAUGUGUCUUGAUCUGUCCACUGUAGAUAUAUUUUCAAUUUUUAUUAAUUUUCCUUAAGAACUCGUAAAAGAGUUUUAACUUAUGUAAACUGAAAUAGCGCGGAAACUUGUCUGCCCUAUUUUUUUACAGGUUGAAAUCAAGUGGCAAAAGAAAAAAUGACAGAAUUCACCUGGAUACGGUGAGAAAUGAAUUCUCGAUUCGCAUGCGAGAGCUGCUAUCUUUCGGAUAUUAUACACUUGUUAUAGUUUUAAAUUCAUGAUUUUUUCUGUUAUUCUAAUCAAGAAUUUUGAGUGAGUGAUUUACCAUCAAAUAUUGUGAUUUUAUUUUAUUGUUAACGAGUAUUUUAUCUGAAAAACAUCGAAUAAAUGAAAAAGUCGUUUUCUCAAAGUUUUUAAAAAUAAAUCGUCUGCGAUAUAUUGUAAAGAUUGUGAUAUUUUAGAGUGGAGUUGCUCUUUUAAACUCCAGGAAUCGUCUGCCACUGCCAUAGCAGUGUUAAUGCAUUUAUCUGUUUUUUUGAGAAUUUAAAAGCAAUAAAGUCAAAUGAAAACAGGCCGUUGGAUAAGAUUAGAAUGUUCGGGAUGUUUUGAAUUCGCUGUGCUCCGGCCAGCAUGACCACCUGCAGGGCGGAAGAUAUUCAGCAGGAAAUGUCAUACUCUCACAAUUUUUACGGCGAUCUGGAAGAUUACGUAUCCCAGAUGGAGAAUCAGCAAGCUCAAAAUAAUGUGGACGCAGACGAUGUUUAUGCUCAGCUAGCCCGAAAAGAAAAAGACCUGAUAUUAGCAGCUGAGUUGGGCAAAGCACUUUUAGAAAAAAAUGAAGAGAUCAGCCGUGCCAAUGAAAAAUUGACGGAAGAAUAUUCUCAACAAUUAGAGAUUCUUGAGCAAGAGAAGCAUGGACUGAGAAGAAAGCUCGACUCUCUUGUGGGAGAUUACGACAGCAGAAUACUCGAACUGCAAAGUGAUAUAGAAGAGCUUAGAAAAGAAUUAGAAGAGCAGAACACUUUACAGAGGACUACAGAGAAAGAAAAAUCUCAGUUACUGCAAGAGCUUACAGAACAGAAUCACAGGUUAACCGCCCAGGUUAAGCAAGCUGCUCGGACGGAAGAGCAAUUGCAAGCUCAACUUCAAACGCUGAGAGAACAGUUCAAUGUUCGCAAAUCAAACUUACACGACCAUGUGUCACAACUGGAGGGUUUGCGAGAAGAAAUCAACCUGCUGGAGGGUAGAAAAGCGGAUCUGGGCCAAAGAAUCCAUGCUCUCACAGAUGAAAGAGAAAACUUGAAUCUUUCCUUAGAAGAAUCUGGUGAUAGGAUAAUCUUGCUGCAAAAACAAAAUAGAGAACAAGAACAAAAAAUCCGAAAUCAGCAGCAAGAUUUGGAGGAUUUAAGGCAAACCAAUUCGCAGCUGCAGGCAAAAUUGGAUGUACUGCUAAGGAGAAGUCCAAACGGCAAUUCAUCAUUAUUGGAUGAAAUAGAAAUGUCAGCACCCUCAUCAAUGGAAGAGGAUGCAGUUCGGCUGCAGGGUAAUAUUGCAGAUGAAGACAUAGAAUGUGAUGAUCUAGUCCUUCCUUUCGCUGGUUUAUUCCCCGAAGGAGAAGAAAAUCAAAAAAUGACUCAAGAAGUGAUAGAUAUCUAUCAUCAGUUGAGGCGGUUGUGCUUUGAACUUCGAAGGCGGAAAGACAGUAUGUCGGUGGACAGUGGAAUCUCAUCCACGACUCCAGAAGAGUUACAAGCUCACCAAGUACGAGUGGGAAUGUUCUCAAACCUUCUCCAAGAAUUUAAGAGCCUUAUCGAAGAUCUAUUAGCUCAAGGACCUGAUCCUUGCCUUACUUGUCAAUCUGUUGCUCUCGCUAUGGAUUCCCAAAACCUUGAGCGACUGAAGAAAGAACUUCAAGAGAAAACAAUUAGUCUAAAAGAGAAAAGUGAAGAACUUAUUCAAUUGAAUACCAAGGCAAGCAUUCAAGAAACUGAAUUAGCUGCUUUGAGGGAAGAAAGAGACCACCUAAGGCAAGAUGUUGAUAGUAGUAAAUGGGCCAAAGAUGAGAUUGUUAAGAAAGCCUGGACAAUGCGAGAUCAAGCUGUUGCCAGAAAAAACAAUGUGGAAAUCGUUCUCGCAAAAACUCGCAUUGAACUUAUGCACAUCAAUAGUCAACUCAUGGAAGCUGUGCAACAAAAGGUUGAACUAUCACAGCAGCUUGACCAAUGGCAGUUGGAUAUGCAAGCCCUCCUUGAUGAGCAAAUGAAAAAGAAACUAAAAACUUACGAAGAGAAAGAAGAAAGACGUCCAAGUCGACAGGGACAAUCACUAAAACGUCCUGCUAAUUCAAAGGGAAAACUUUUUAAACUAUUCAGGUGAUGGAACUCACCGAGGACAAUCGAAAUAUAUUUUUUUUUCUAAUUCAUUUUACCUACAUGACUUGUCUCAAUGUAUGCAAUCCUAAAUACUAGUUUGUUUUUUAAAUAGUUGUGUAAAAUACUUUUUAGAUUUUUAUAAGCGUUGUUAGAUCUCUUUUCAAAAAAAAAUCAAUCCUCUUGUUCCAGAAAUUCACCAUAGGCAAAUAUAUCAUCUCUUGCUAUGCUGUUCAUAUUGGAGAAUUCUACUUAACCUUUCAUGAUGUCAGUUGAACCCCCAUUUCGGAACAAAAAAUUGCAUUUCUAUUUUUGUGGAAUUCUUGUCCUAAAUUGCUGCUUAAAAAUAUUCACUAAAGUCAAUCGACCUAUGUCUUUUUCAAGCAGGGUGAGGUUAAGGCCAGAAGGAUUUCAAUGGCGAAAUAAAUAAAUUAAAAAAAAAAGAGUUUUUAAUUGUUUUAAGAUACCAAAAAUGAAUUCAGAUAAUAGUAGCUCUUGGCAAAGAGGUAGGGAAAAAAAGGUCAUUUUUAUUAAUUUAAGAGUUAGAAGGUUGUAAUAAGUGACAUUAAAAAUAUAAACUUUAGAAGGGUUACAAACUGCUAAAAAAAUACAUUUUUAUAAAAAGAACAGUCUUCUUAUAAACUGGCAACAACAAAAAUGUAAUUUCUAUUCAAACAAUUUAAACCUAACAAGUUUCUAAACCUCGAAUGAACUCCCUAAAAUUGAACUCUACCCCUAAUUCUUCCUUGUUUACUGUGCAAUUUUCCUUUUGAAAUGUACUUAGUAGCCUGACAUGAGUGACUUAAUAUUCCAGAACUCAAAGUCACGAACUCCUUAGAUGCUGACGUAACAAUUGAACUAUACAAUUUCACACAAAGUAAUUAUUUUUGCCAUUGAAAUUAUUUUGCCUCUUGAUCUGUUUUAACGGAUGACAUCAUACGGACUAUAGGGAAUUUUAAGGAUUUUCUUAAUGAGUAUUUUUGCAAGAAUUACCCAUUAACUUCAGAAAAUAAUUUUUUAAUUGGAAUCUCUGCUUUUUAUGGCUCUUUGCGAAAGAACGAUUUCUACGUCUUAAAAUGAAUAAGAGAAUCUAUUUUUAGCUAUGAAUUAAUAUAGAAAGACUCUUAUGAGACAUUCUACAUUAUAUAUACACAUAGGUUUGCUGGAAUAAGCUGUGUUGUUUGACUGGAACAAAAGGGUUAAAAUUCUUCCUGGAUACAGUUCUACUCAAAAGCAUAUUUGUGAUAAAAGUUGCCUAUUGCCUACAUCUCAAACACAGGGACCAAUAUAUAUAUAUUUAACGAAUGGAGGGAUUGUACAUACAUAUGUUUGUUAACUACGUCAUUCCUUGUAUGUAAUGUGUAUAUCGCAUUGUAUUGUUGAGGAAUUUUUUUAUUUAUUUAAUUUAGUUUUUUCCUAGUGCAUAUAUGUUUUAGUUGCAAUACAUUUCCAUCGUUGUGUGCCUUAAGGUGCUUCAUCAGCAGACAAAUUAACUUUGUUUCAUAAUCCGGUGAUAAGAAAAAGUAUUGUUCCUUGCAUUUCAUUUCAUUUAUUGCUUUUAAGGAAAUAGUUUUAAAAUUGCAUUUUAACAACUCUUAAGCGAAUGAACUGUUUUAAAAAAUAAUUUUAUCAUUAUACCGAACAAUUUUACUUUUUUUCUAUUUCUUUCCUUCUCUAUUAGUUAAAGGAAAUUUACCUUCUCACUGAAAUGCAAAAAUUUUAAUUAUUAUAACUUUUUUUUCCCAUUUUCUUUUUUAAAAAGGUAUUGAAUAUAUUUUCAACAUCGGCUUAUAACAAAAGAGGUUUUAAUUAUCAUUGAAAACAUACAAUAAAAUAAGUUUAAAUGCAAUCGAAAUUAAUAAUUAUAAUAUUUUAAAUUAGGUAAUAAUGUGUGUUAUUACUUAAUUUACCUGUUGUUUAACGCCAUUAAGAAAAUUAUAAGCUCAAAUAUUAAAUGAUAAAUAAUCGUAACUUCUUAGCAAUCUAUAUUCUGGAGCAAUAAAUUGAUUUCUCUAAUUAAAGAAAAUAUUAAUAAUUAAUUUGGAAGUAUAUUACUUAAACUUAUAAGGAUUUCGUCUUCUCUCUUUUUGGUACAUGGAAAGUUUAAAUAGUUUAAACUAAAGAAAAAUGCAUUUGAAAGUGACCUUAAAAUUCUCUUCAGUUGUGGAUAAGUAUGUGAUUGUAACUUUUUUUUUACUGAUCAAAAUCAUGAUAUUCACAAACAUCAGGUCGUAUAAAGGCAUAGUCAAACCGUGGAAUUGUUUUAAAGUUUAAAAUACGCUGUCUUUGACUAAGGUAGCACAGUUCUAUGACUGAAAAUAUUUAUCGCUUUUAUCUUUGUUACUCUUUUGUUUCCUUUCAAAUAUUAAAUUAAAGAACAUUUUAAAUUAAAGAAGUGUUUAAAUUCCAGGUGUUAAAGUUCUCUUAACACCUGAAUAACCUUGUUUGUAUAAAUUAUCAUUUGCAUUGAUUUUAUGCUGUGUAAAUACUUGAUGUUGUUAUCUAAAUUUUAAAUUGAUUUAUCUUUAAAAGUUGAAGGCUUUAAAUUAUACUUAUUAUUUUUCUGGUACAUUAUAUAGGACAGGGUGUAAUGCAUUGAUCUCCCUUUAUCUAUCUUUUUAAAUCCUGUCAAAACUGAAGCCAGAGUAGGAUUUUUUAAGUGAGAGAAAAUUAAUAUAAAAGAGGAAAAAAAAUAAGAUGAUAUCAAAGUUUAAUGAGCCACUAGUGAGAAAAGCGGGACAAAACCUGUUUCACUGCUUAAUAUAACUAAAAAGUGUUUUUAACAACUGCCUUGCACCACAUCUCUGUGAAUCAAACUGGUUUUGAUGUUUUCAGUUCUCGCCUUUCUCAAUAAUGAUUCAGUGGCUUUGCAUUUUAUUUUUAUUUACUUUUUAUAUUAAGUUUUACUUGAAUUCUAAAAAUAAAUACGUUGAGGGCGGACAUCAAGAUACAACCUGUAUAGUGAGAUAAUACGAAGAAAAAUUCAAGUGUUAGUUUCGUGAAAUGUGUUGGGGUUUUUUUUCAGAAUUUUUAAAAGACUAUAUUUUUCAAUCGUUAUAAUGCAUGGAUCUCAUGAACACAAAUCUUUGUUACUCUGAAAAUUGAAAAUCUUAAGAGUUGGGUAAUGUAUGUGUUAAAAUUCACUCUUUGUUAUAAUCAUCACUCAAAAUAUGUUACAUUAGAUAUGUGUUAUAAAAAAAUAAAAACGUUGAUGUGUUAUAGAGAA